UCACAACGAUCAAAGACAACAUGGGAGACACCGUGAACGUGUAAAUUAAGAAGAAAAAACAAGGUACAGCCCUACAGAAAGCAGGACAAAACUUCUCGUUAAACGAGAGCCAAAAGAUACCCGUGUGCUCGUGUGAUCAAGUACAAGCCCUGUCCUUACAACCGACAUAAAUGGAACUGUCCCCAGACUUCAGCGAUCAGCUCACGAGGGUAAAAUCGGAACCUCACGAUGCCGCGUGCCUGCCGGAACAGGUCCAGGUCUGGCAAGAUAAUUGCAGCGAGUCUGCGUUAGGAGAUUAUUGCCAUGAGAUGACAGCUGGGGUGUGCCACAUCAACGAAAUACUCCCGGAUGACUCCUCAAGUGAGCGUCCAAUCAUAGAAGUGAAGACGGAGCCUUACAACACUCCCAUUUUGCCGGGACGGGACCAGACGGGUCACGAUGCAACGUCAGAAGACACAACAGCAAGCACUGGUAUGCCUCAUAUUGAGGAUGAGUCCAAAGACAUUUGCCAUCCAGUGUCUUCAGGUUGCAACUCUUCCAAUAUACAGUUCGACAUCAACACAACAGCUGUUCAGCCUCUGUUCGACAACACUGUCCCAGACUCCAUGAACGGUCAACACCCAGAUUCCAAGCUCAGAGACGAUUCACCACCUAAGAGAAAGGCGUCAUCUCAUAUCUCUGACCACAAGGAAGAUGGGAUGCAGAAGUGCAAUAUCUGUUUCACUAAAUGCGUUGAGGUUGACCUCAAAACUCAGGAUACGAAGACAUUUGCCUGCGGCGCGUGUUCUGCACCAAUCCAUCAUGUGUCAGCCCAGCGACUGUACGCGAAGCGUCGCAUGGUUGAAUCGUCAUUCAAGUGUGCGGUAUGCCCAAUUGAAUGUGUGUCGCAGGGCAGCCUGAAUUGCUGCACGCUCGUACAUGAUUCCAACGAAUCGGAACAGCCCAUUCCAUCAAAGGACAACAAUGGAGACAUGAGCCGUGUGUGCGACCUCAGUUCAGCCGAAUUCAUCCAGUCGGAGAGUGGCAAAAGCCAAAGGCAGGAGCACACUGACGAGAUGUUGUACAAGUGCCAUCUAUGUCCUGCAGAGUUCAGCCAGAACGCAAAACUACGGCUUCACAAAAAGACACACAGAGGUAAGAAGCCGCACAAGUGCAUUAUCUGCCCCGCUGAGUUCGCUCACCUGUACCUCCUGAAGGAUCAUGUACGGACUCAUACCAGCGAGAAGCCAUACAAGUGCGUCCUCUGCCCCGCAGCGUUCAGCAGCAAAACACACCUGUGGCGUCACAAAUGGACACACACGGGAGAGAAGCCACACAAGUGCAAUCUCUGUCCUGCAGAGUUCAGCCACCCGUAUCUCCUGAGGGACCACGUACGCACUCAUACGGGUGAGAAGCCGUACGAGUGCAUUCUCUGCCAUGCGGCGUUCAGCUGCAGGACACACCUGCGGUACCACAAACGAACGCACUUGGGAGAGAGGCCACACAAGUGCGAUGUGUGUCCUGCGGAGUUCAUUCGCAGGGCGGACCUGCGGCGUCACGAGCGAAUACACACGGGCGAGAAGCCGUACAAGUGCGGCGUCUGUCCUGCGGAGUUCAGCCAGAGCGUAGACCUGCUGUGUCACCAGCGAAUGCACACAGGCGAGAAGCCGUACAAGUGUCACCUAUGUCCUGCAGAGUUCAGCCGGAGGAGAGACCUAUUGUGUCACGUGCAAAUACAUACGGGUGAGAACCCGUACAGGUGUGACCUCUGUCCUGCACAGUACAGAGACAAUGCAAGCCUGUGGCGUCACAAACACACACACACGGACGACAAGCCACAAAAGUGCAAUAUCUGUUCCGCAGAAUUCCCGAGCAAUCUGGAACUGCGGAACCACAAGCAGACGCACACGGGAGAGAAGCCACAUAAAUGUGAUCUCUGUCCUGCAGAGUUCAACCGCGGCACAAACCUGCGACGUCACAAGCGAACACACACGGGCGAGAAGCCGUACAAGUGUGACCUCUGUCCUGCAGAGUACAAGGACAGCACGAACCUGCGGCGUCACAAGCAAAUGCACACGGGCGAGAAGCCGUACAAGUGUGACCUCUGUCCAGCGGAGUACAAGGACAGCACAAACCUGCAGCGUCACAAACGAACACACGUGGAUGCAAAGCUGUACAAAUGUGGUAUCUGUGCUGCAGAAUAUGCCGACAGCGGGGGCCUGCGACAUCACAUGUCGACGCACCUGCAAGAAGGCAUGGAUGUGUUGCCUCUGUUGUGUGGGGUGCAGACACGGAAUGGAUCUGAGAGUUUGCAAAUGUGAGAGAUGGCAAUGAGGUCUUGGGCCUGUCACUUGUACUCUACCUGUAGACCUGAAGAAGCCUUCUGUGAUGCAUCUGAGGAGAUGCUGUACAAUAUAAAUAGUGGAAGCUGAAUGAACAAUUAAGACAUGCGUACUGCUCACUGACUUCUUGUCAGCUGCCAUCCUUCAAAUGCUGUGCAGCUGCAAUGUGUAGCCCGCAGCAUUUCAGUGUUCAUUUGGACAGAGUUCAGUGUCGGACACUUAAACAAAUAUAGACUGAGCUUGAAAGGUUGAAAGUCUGUACUGGUUGAUGAUGGACCUAAAAUCUGAAUAAGCCUCCAGUGCAGAGAAAAUGAGCACAAACAGGAUGCCUCCACACAGCCUUCAAACUGCCAAAGUUUUAUUUCUAUGAACAUCCCUUCCUCCCUCUUUUUCCAAGUGGGCACUUAUCUUCCAGUUAUUGUAUUCCUCUUUUUGUCCCAUGAGCUGAUAAGAUAACUACACCUAAAUAAGUAAAUAGGAAGAAAAGAAAUGGAGGAGUGUUCUGCCAGUUAGGUAACAGGAAAGGAAUAACAAAAUGAAGGCGGCAAGAUAAGCCUCCAUUAACAAGAGGACAGAAGGGGAAGAUGUAAAGUCGCAUUGUUUGUGGAUAUAAGCCUUUGUUGGCACUUGAAGUGGGCUUCAGCCUUCCUUUGUUAGUCUUUUAAUCUAAUAGCAUUAUGGUGGCGUGUCCCAGGGUUAUGUGUGAGCGGAAGC